CGGGGCCAAGGAGCACGGGGUCAGGAAGUGUGCGGCCGCUUCUGCACCCUGAGUGGUUGUCGGGUCUGUGAACUUCGCCUCCCACUGGGUGGAGUCGGGCUUUUAAGAGCGGCUGGAAUGCAGUUCCCCUGGUCCGUGGAGCCGUCGGUGCGUGUGACCCUCGGCCGGUCCCGGAGAGCCGGGCUCUGAGCGCAGAGCCGCGGUUCGCUCCCAUCCUUCCCGCCCCGGGAGCACCUUCCGCCCUGCCCAGCCAUGGGGGACGACCUCGCCCAAGCCGAGAAGCUGCAGCACCUGGGCUCUGGCACGUGGCAGGAGAAGCCACCCAGCCCCAGCCUAGCGCCCUCCUCCACACCGAGCCCCAGCCUGAACCUGGGGAGCACGGAGGAGGCCCUCCGGGACAGCGCGCAGGUGAACGCCGUCACGGUGCUCACGCUGCUGGACAAGCUGGUGCACAUGCUGGACGCGGUGCAGGAGAACCAGCACCACAUGGAGCAGCGGCAGAUCAGCCUGGAGGGCUCCGUGAAGGGCAUCCAGAACGACCUCACCAAGCUCUCCAAGUACCAGGCGUCCACCGGCAACACCGUGAGCAAGCUGCUGGAGAAGUCGCGCAAGGUCAGCGCGCACACCCGGGCCGUCAAGGAGCGCAUGGACCGGCAGAGCGCUCAGGUGAGGCGGCUGGAGGCCAACCACGCCCAGCUGCUCCGGCGCAACCACUUCAAGGUGCUCAUCUUCCAGGAAGAAAAUGAGAUUCCUGCCAGUGUGUUUGUGAAGGAGCCGGCCUCCAGCCCCGCCGAAGACAACGGGGAGCUCGCCGACGAGAACAAGUCCCUGGAGGAAACCUUGCACACGGUGGACCUCUCGUCGGACGACGAAUUUCCCCUCGAGGAGGCGGCCCUGGACGACAGCGCGGAGGAAAAGGUAGAAGAAAGCAGGGCGGAGAAGAUAAAAAGAUCUAGCCUCCGGAAAGUAGAUAGCCUCAAGAAAGCUUUUUCUCGCCAGAACAUCGAGAAACAAAUGAACAAGCUGGGCACAAAGAUCGUAUCAGUAGAGAGGAGAGAGAAGAUUAGGAAAUCCCUCACCCCCAAUCACCAGAAGACAUCUUCGGGGAAAAGCUCCCCCUUCAAGGUCUCUCCCCUCACCUUCGGGCGGAAGAAAGUCCGGGCGGGAGAGGGCCCAGCCGAAGCCGAGAGCAAGUCUGAGGACGCGGCGAGCGGCGACCAGAUACCCGCCGAGCAGGAGGACGGUCUUUCCGGAACGUCGGCGUCCGGCGCCCUGGCGCGGGGGCAGAGCAGCGAGGGGCUCGCAGGCAGGGCGGCCCCCCGGGGGAGCAACGUCGACCUGACCAUUGAGGAGGACGAAGAAGAGCCCUGGGAGGCCGUGGAACAGGCCCGCAAGGUUCACUACGAGGGGGGCGACCGGCUGACCUCGGGGGGCGCGGAGGGCGCGGCGCCGCCGGCGGAGCUCCACGUGGACCAGGCGUCCUGAGCGCCGCGCGCCGGCCCGGCCUGCGCUCCGGGGCCGUGAGGACCAGCGCGCGGAGCCGGCCUCCAGCACGUCCCCUGCGCUGCCCGUCCCGCCCGUCCUCGUCCGAGCCGCCGUCGUUCCCUCGCGGCAGCAUCACACGCAGGCCCGAGAUCUGACCACCGCCCGCCCGCGCCCCUUCUCGCUGGCUCUUGGGUCCCCUGUCUGUGCAGUUUCUCCAGGAUCGCGCGGAAGGAGAGCGGCGGCAGCUGCGCAGCGCGCCCCGUCCGGCCCGGUCACGCGCCCGGAGCUCCUGCAGAGACGCGCCUGCAGCGCGCUUCGGCUUUGGUCGUGCCAGGAGCCCGGGGCACGCGUGCCGGCGCCGGCCCGAAGCCCGCGGAGCUCCGACAAGCGAAUGGCUGCGCUUCAAGCGUCCGAUACGCGAUACCCAUAUGCGCUGAAGCUACACGUAACUACUUUAUACUUCGGGGGGCACUUCAGGUGGAAGAGAAGGUCCAGUUGGUUAUUCACUUAAUAGAAACCAGUGUCUGAAAUGAAAUUACUGAAAAUGACGGGAAAAAACUGAAAGACUGUAAUAGUCAGCUAAUAAAGGGAGAUGAAGGAAAGCCAGGACUAUCAGGGAAAGAAAACCAAGGAGAAGUUGGAAAAUAAGAGAAACCAGAAAGGAAGAAGGCCAAAGAGAAUGAAGAGAGAAAAAAACUACGUGCUUAGGAAGAAAAUAUUUACAGUGUUAACUCAAGUAUUCCAUUCCUUAAGUAAUAAUUCUAACAAGUUUUAUAUAUCCUGGAAUAAUAGGUUCUAUCUUCACAGUAUUCUUACUUUCUAAUAUUUUCAAAGAAUAUGAAAACAUAGUUUACUGUGUUAAAGUUGCAUUUUUCUUAAUAAAGACAUUACAAAUAUUUCUCCAGGGAGGUUUAAAAAGAUGUCUCUUUAACAUGAGAAUGAACACAAAUCUUCAAAAUUCCAUGUGCGUCUGUUGGAGGAAGCGGGACCAUACUAUUCUUUCAUGUUUUCCAAAUUUGAAAUAACCUUUACUCUCCAGAUGAUGUAACAUAGGCCUAGAAAGUUGUUAAAAUCAACAGGUUUGACAAGGGAAGGAUUCUGUUUUUCCUUUUUGUACAUAGGGCUGAUUUCAUCCCAGGUCAUAUUUUAUUUCACAGAAUAUUAAUAUGAUUCUUCCAAAAGCAUGCUAGUGUAUAUGGGCACAUUUAUUCUGACAGAAUAAUUUUUACUACUGCCUAACAUUAUACUAAAAUAGUGCUUUAUCUGUUUUUAAUUACAGAAUGCUAAUGUUUUGAGAAAACUAUUGAAUUUUAGUUUAGAGACGGUUGUGCGAUGGAGCAAACGCCCCACCUUUCGUACAUACCACUCACCAUAUGUAACCUUACAAAUAGAAGUAAUCCACGACUGUAUUAACAAACAACGCGUUGUGUUAGAGAAGGAAAGAAGGAUUAACAGAUGUAUUAAUGGCAUAACCUAUACAGCUCUGUCCUUGUUUGGCAAUAAUGUACCCCAAAUACUAGAUUGUUGAACUAACAAUGGCUGUGUUAAAGAAGACUAAAUAAACCAAAAAAUAAAAAGUA